AUUGAGUUCACGUUAUGACUUAUGAAAGAGUUUGGGUAUUGGCAGUUUUCAUACCUUAAGAAAACCUGGUCCAGAUUGUUGUUUGCCCUGCUUGAGAAGGGGUUGGACCGGAUGAUUUCCAGAGGACCCUUCCAACAGUUCCGUGAUCCUUUGAUGCCAUUGGGUGACUUGUCAAACUGAGGGGAGAAUUUUAGGGCUCUGUCAUCUUUUCAAAACAGUAUCUUUAGAUAGUAUUUUAAACAGUAUUUUAAAAUGAGCAUUGCAUUUAAUCCUCUUACAGACUGAAUGCCAGUUGACUCUGGAAAGAGUAAAAGAAUUUGCCUGAAGGCUCUGAAAAUGUUUCCCUUUAAAAAAAAAAAAAUCACCUUUCAAUAAUCAAUUUGAUUUUGAUUUGUGCUUUUUUUUUUUUUUUUUAACUAUUUCAAUCCAACUCUUCUGCAUAGUUGGUAUUUACCCUGAGCUUAAAGGCUGGGUGGAUGUCUGGUUGUGGAUCAAUCAUGAUAGCCAACUUAGAUCUGUCUUGUUGUAUACCCUAGCCUCUGAAAGUUGUCCUGCUGCAUUAGCAAGGGUGGCUGAAAGACUUAAGAACCAUUUCUUGAACUGCUACAGCUUUCAGACUGGCAUAUUAACAUCAGGAAAAGCGUUAGCUGAAUAGCCAACACCGACUGUGACCUGAUGGGGUUGAACAGCUGCCCUACAGUAACUCGGUUGUCUCAGCUAUGGAUGGGGAUAGGGCUAGGUGGUGAAGCUGGGGAGGUGAAUUUUUGACCUGCUCCAGUGUAGUCUGUCUUAGUGCCCUGGGUUGCCUGUAGUCUGGUUCCAACAAUGUGCUAGCAUGGCUGUACAGCCUCGGGUCUGCUGUCUGAGUGGGUGAAGGAAGGAUGCUCAUGUCCAGCUGUAAGAGGAGUAUGCCCUUUUCUUUUUCAGAGGUGAAACAAAGCCAUAGACUUAUUUUCUCCUUAUCCAGGGAAAACAGUUCUAUCAUAUCUGUUGUGUUUGGCCUUCCCUUUUGAACUCUGGAAACUUGGAUUUAUUUUUCUUCACUUCUGUUUGCCUGGUGUUUAACACUACCUUUUCUACUUUCCGUGAAAUGGCUCUUUCUCCCUGAAUUCCAGCUCUGGCCUCAGUUAUUUGCCUGUUUAUAUAGGGAGAGCAGAUAUGUAUGUAAAUGGACGUUGCCUUUGCCAUCGUAAUAUGAUCUUCAAAGGCUUGGACUGCAGUCACUUGGCUGCAUUCUUUACAUCAAACGUUUCUUGUAGCAAGUUGCUGCCAACAGAGUGCUGUGAGGGCCCGAUCCUGCUAAUUGCCUUCUGCUCCCUCUGAACUAAUGCAGCUUGUAUGCAGAAAACAGCUUUCAAGUUAGAGUUGUGGGGUGCUUACCCUGUUACGUUUUACAUUUUUGUCCUUACUGAUGUAAUCUGAAAGUGAGCAUCAGUUCUGAACUUCUUGUGACCAUCUGGUGGGCGUUGAAACACAGAAGCUGAUGGAGGAGAGACAGCCAGGAUCCAGCCCAGCUUGAAAAGAGGGUGGUGUAGGAGAGGUUCAGCCCUUGUAAAAGUGGUUUCUGAAUGCGAGGCACUGCUGUGGUAUCUGUGGUACCGUGUUUUUGUCUUUUUUUUCCCCCUUACUGCCUGUUUUGUCGCAGCCUCCUCAGAGGUGGGGAUGUGUUGGCUGAACAAAUUCCCUCCUCCAGAAGAGGGGGAUAGCUCUGCCAACAGCACCCAUCCCUUGCAUGGAAAACUGCUCAGGUGUGGGGUGGUGAAGCCUCAAGUGGGGGCUGUGGUGUGUGGAAGGAAGUUACAUGCCCCAGGGCCAGGAGAGGAGUGCAUGGAGAGGGGACGCUGCCAGACAUGAGCAGAGGGGGAAAAGUCUAUCAAAGGACAUUGCAACCCCCACCACAGCAUGAAAUCCUUGAUGGAGAGGACAUACACCUCUACAAGAGCAAAUCAGAAGGUCAGUGAAGCGAGCACGUGCUCCUAUCACAGCUUUCUCUUGUCCCACAGUCUAAAAGCUUUUUGGUGAUUCUUUUCACAUUUUAGGAGGGUGAAAAGAUACUGAAAGAUUUAUCUUUUUUUCUUUCUCGCUGACAUGGUGAUGUCAAAGGUGUAUUAAAAAAAUAAAUCUUUAAGCCUGUCAAGUGGAUAACAGCAUUGUUGUGGAGAAUUGAGACUCAGCUCUGAAAUACUUGCAUGUUUCCACUCAGUAAGUCAAGAAUGUUACAGCUAACAGCAGGAGUGGGGUGAGUUUCACUAGGGAAAGCGUGUUAAUUAUUCACAUAACUCGGUCAUAUUCACUGCUGCACUCCCUGUGUUGUCACAUCAGUUGUUAGAAAUGAAGUAAAGCAAGGGAAGUGCUGUCCUAGGGCAGUUGCAUGCAUAACUUAGAGCUGAAUAGAUCUAAAUGGUUAAAAAGGGGUUCUCUGCUAGAGAGGAGGAGGGGAGAGUAAGAGUGCAUUCCCAAAAAAGUACAUUCCCAAAAUAAAAAGCUUACAUCAUGGACCUCUUCAGCUUUCCCACACUUCUUUCCUAAUUAUUGUCCUACAGGACAGCUGAUCUAUUUCAAACAGGAAGCUGUUUACAGAUAACACUUGCAACUGUGUUGUCUGAUUUGUUGAACUGUCGAAAAGCAAAAGACAACCUCUUUUCAAAUUAAAAACUGUCAGACUUCUGUAAACAGCAGCAAUGAGGUUCAUCUGUGCAGUGUCCCUGCAGGCACAGAGUGUUCUGCAGUUCCCAUUUUCUCAGCAACCGUAAGGAGUCAGUGACCUGUAAGUGCUCAUUAUGAAGAGAGAUCUGGUUUUCUUGGUGACUCUAAUUAGCCUUGCCUUCCUGUCACUGCUAAGGUCUGGAUAUCCUCAACAUAUUGCAGAGGAGUCCUGCUCUGUUCAAAUCCUUGUCCCAGGCCUCAAAGGGGAGGCUGGAGAAAAGGGGGAAAAAGGUGCACCAGGUCGUCCAGGCAGGGUUGGGCCUCCAGGAGAAAAAGGAGAAAUGGGGGACAAAGGACAGAAAGGCAGCAUGGGACGGCAUGGAAAAAUUGGUCCUAUUGGUUCAAAAGGUGAAAAAGGAGAUAAUGGUGACAUAGGACCACCAGGUCCUAAUGGUGACCCAGGCAUUCCCUGUGAGUGUAGCCAGCUAAGGAAGGCUAUUGGUGAAAUGGAUAUCCAAGUGGCCCAGCUGACGACGGAAUUAAAAUUCAUAAAAAAUGCACUGCCCUCCCCCGCAGCUGUUGCUGGUGUGCGUGAGACAGAUAAUAAGAUAUAUCUGCUGGUGAAGGAAGAGAAAAGAUACAAGGAAGCCCAGCUCUACUGCCACGGAAGAGGAGGGACACUGAGCAUGCCCAAGGAUGAGAAUGCCAACAAUCUGAUUGCCUCAUACAUCAACCAAGCUGGGCUCACCAGAGUUUUCAUUGGGAUUAACGACCUAGAGAAAGAGGGAAAUUUUGUCUAUUCUGAUCGAUCGCCCAUGCAGACCUUCAACAAGUGGCGCAGUGGGGAGCCCAACAAUGCUUAUGACGAGGAGGACUGUGUGGAGAUGGUGGCGUCUGGAGGGUGGAAUGAUGUUGCAUGUCACAUUACCAUGUAUUUUGUGUGCGAAUUUGACAAAGAAAAUGUGUAAUCUUGUCUGGUCUUUCUUUAUUUUAAGAAAUGUUUUCAAGCAGGUUGUACAAGUUAGCCCAGGUUUAUAGAGUACAAGUGAUAUUUUACAUGUAUGUGACAUCGGUGUUGUACAGCUGUAAAUACAAUUUAGGUAUUUCAAAUAUCUGUAUUUACCCUUCAGAAGGGAAGAGCACUGAUAAGUAAGACACAGCUUUUUUUUUUUUUUUUUUUUUUUUUUUUGUAGGAAAAUAUAACUAUUUAGAUUAAAAAAGAAAAAGUGGUUUGGGACUAAAUUCUGACCUCACAACAGUUAUCAAAUGUGAUGGCAUGACUGUAGGGGAAUGCAGAAUUUGGCCUCUAGUUUUUAGACUGAUCAUUUCUGAAAAAGUAGAUUCUUGAUAUUCUUUUAUCUUAGCAAAUUUUGUAGUUAUAAAUGUUAAUUACUUGUAGGUCUACAGGGAUAUUUCAGCAAGAAGGCAAAUAUUUUGUAUACUCCAGUCAAUUAAUAGAAAUAUUACUGUAUUUUUUUUGGAUGUGAAGGUGUUACUUUUUUUUUUUUUUUUUUUAAUAGCUAAAGCAAGUGAACAAAGCAGGAGUCCUACCAAUUUUGUAAAGUUUCUUUAUUAAAAUAUUCACAGAUGAGGAGGUCCUUCUGUAAACUCAGUUUUAGUGCUAGGAGGGGACUAGCUUCUUGUAAUUCAGUACUGAAAGAGGGAUCAUGCCAAAUGGGUGCUUUGGGGUUAGUUAAAGGUCAAAGUAUGAUUUUGAUUUUCUGCAUUCUUUGGUUGAGAAUGACUCAGUGAAUGAGCUAUUUAAAGCUCAGAAUAAUUUCUUAAAGUAACUGUGUUUCAAUUUUUAUAGGAUGAUCUUGGUGCAUCAUGUUACAAAACAAAAACCAAACCAAAACAAAAAACUCUCCACAAUUUAAAAUUGACUUCAUAAGUAGACAACAAAUUUCACAGGAGUGGUUUAGCUUGUAGUUCCUUUUGGCAGGAAAGCAGCCUUUGUUUAUUCAAAUUGCAGGGGUGACCCUCUGAAAAGCAGGAAAAGUUACCAAAAUAUUCCUGUUUAUGUAUAUAGCAAUAAUGCCAUUUUGUACAAAUAAUUUAUGUACCCAAUUUACAAUUGCAUCUGAUGGAGAAGCUGAUGUACAUUAAAAAACAGCAACAACAUAAUUUCAUAAAAUAAACGAUGAAUUACUUUGGGUCUUCCAAGGAGGCAUGCCAUCUUAUCUUGCUGUUAGGCAUAGAAAGGUGACCACAAAAUCUCUGUGUUUUUUCAGAAUACCCUGGUUUAAGAUCAACUUUAAGGAGAAAUGAACCUUUGUAUAACACAGUAAUCAAUAUAAAUAUCUGAUUGUUAUGGGAGAUUUGCAACAUAUGCAGAAUGGAUCUAACCUGGUUCAAGAGAUUGCCCCACAGUAAGGCAAGACAAACUCAAAUCAACUCUACAGUGCCAUGGUACCUAAGCAACCAAUGAUCACACAGUUCUGUUCAUAUCCACAGUCCAACAACAUUUGAUGUGACGCUAUUAUUAUAUACAUAAGAAAACAAACCAUUUGGUUUUAUAUAUUUACUCUGUGAAUUUGAAUCUAUUAUAUGUAUAUAUAUAUAUAUAUAUGUUUGCUAUUAAUUUUGAAGAUUAGUAGUAAAUUCCUAUAGUAUUUGAAUAUCAGUCCAUCUCCAGAGCAGCCACACUAAGAAAUGAAUGAUCUUUCAUUGCUUUAUCUUCUUUCUUCUGAAUGUAGGUAUGAUUCUUGUAUGUCAGAUUUUCUUCAAACUGUAUAUUGAAAUCUAUUAAAUAAUGUGAAUAUGGCUCUACACUAAUAUUCAAAGACUCUACAGAAUUUGCAGGGAACUAACAAUUCUAGCAGAGCAAUUUGUUUGAUUAGAAUAGUGCCUUAUGAAUAUCAUGGUUGUUUCCUGCCUGCUAUAGAAAUCCUCAGAAGCCCUUCAAAUCUCCAACACACUUCUGUCAAAUCAUUGAAGCUAUAUUAAAAGUAGUCUAAACUUGAGUUACAGAUA